GCAAUUUAUAAACUGGUUUAUAAACUAUGAACUAAACAAGCGCAUUCUAAGAGUUGGGAACGAUAUAUCGUUAAUUUAAACGAAUUUCGCCAAUUUGAUUGGUUCCAUGACGGCGCAUCACUUCUUGUUAAUAAGCAAUUAUAUUCCAUGUAACGCUGUACACAGUUUCAAUCUGAAUAUAUUUCAAUCACGCAACUAUAUUUUAAUAUAACCACAAAGCGAAAGUACUCAUUGCUUGUCCGGACAUCGCUAUGGUCAAACGAUUGUUUUAUUUUAUUUUUAAAUUUAUUUUACACUGCGAAUUCAGUCAAGACUUUACAAACGCCUUGCAGAUGGAACUGGCAUUACAGCGAGUGGAACAACCCGUCGGAUCGGAACUGAUUGAUGCCUCAAGCUUGAGAGUUAUGAAGUACAAUCGCACCGUGGCUGUUUUGAAUGGAACUUUGAUUUUCGUCAAGGAUCUGGACGAUCUUUUCGAAUUUCGUGUGUCUGUGGCGUACAGCCGAAUCGGUAAUAAUCAGUUCGUCGAAUACCCGAUGAAGAUAUCACAGGAAAAGGUAUGCAACGUACUCAACGGACCAUACCGGGAAUAUCAAUACCUUUGGGCCAAUACUACAAACUUCCCUCAGAUCACCACGGAGGAACGAUAUUGUCCGUUUCCCAGUGGCGUGUACUGGAUAAAACAUUAUGUCCCGGAGGCAAAAUGGGUUCCACCGAUGGUGCCGGAAGGUUUGUGGAGAAUGACCCUUGAUGUUUUGGAUCAAGGUGGAGAAAUAAAAGUUCAAUUCCGGUCGUAUACUUGGCUAAGAAAACUGCUGGUAUGAUACUGCGCGCUG